GAGGAGGCAUCUCCCUAUUCCUUACUUGAUAUCUGCUUGAAUUUCCUGACUACACAUCUUGAGAAGUUCUGUUCAGCAAGACAAGAUGGAACAUUGUGUUUGCAAGAACCUGGAGUAUUCCCACAGGAAGUGGCUGAUCGACUGCUUCAGACCAUGGCCUUUCAUGGUCUCCUGAAUGAUGGAACUGUAGGUAUUUUUAGGGGUAACCAGAUGCGCUUAAAGAGAGCUUGCAUUCGCAAAGCCAAGAUCUCUGCUGUUGCUUUUCGGAAAGCCUUCUGCCAUCACAAGUUAGUGGAACUUGAUGCAACAGGUGUGAAUGCUGACAUCACGAUUACAGACAUCAUCAGCGGGCUUGGCAGUAAUAAAUGGAUCCAGCAAAAUCUCCAGUGCCUGGUGCUGAAUUCAUUAACUCUGUCCCUUGAAGAUCCUUAUGAGCGGUGCUUCAACCAGCUUUCUGGCCUUCGAGCAUUAAGCAUCACCAACGUUCUCUUUUACAAUGAAGACCUGGCUGAAGUUGCCUCAUUGCCAAGAUUAGAGAGCCUGGAUAUUUCUAACACCUCAAUUACAGACAUCACGGCUCUGCUGGCCUGCAAAAACCGACUCAAGUCUCUAACCAUGCAUCACUUAAAAUGUUUAAAAAUGACAACUACUCAGAUACUGGAUGUUGUUCGAGAACUAAAAUAUCUGAAUCAUCUUGAUAUAUCAGAUGAUAAACAAUUUACAUCAGACAUAGCUCUUCGAUUAUUAGAACAAAAAGAUAUCCUACCCAACCUGGUCUCCCUGGACGUUUCUGGGAGAAAGCAUGUGACAGAUAAAGCUGUUGAAGCCUUUAUACAACAACGGCCCAGUAUGCAGUUCGUGGGUUUGCUGGCCACUGAUGCUGGUUACUCUGAAUUCCUCACAGGCGAAGGGCAUUUGAAGGUGUCUGGAGAAGCCAACGAAACUCAGAUUGCAGAAGCAUUGAAGCGGUACAGUGAACGAGCAUUCUUUGUCCGGGAAGCUCUAUUUCACCUUUUUAGUCUAACUCAUGUGAUGGAAAAAACAAAGCCAGAAAUUUUAAAGCUUGUGGUCACUGGGAUGAGAAACCACCCUAUGAAUUUACCAGUGCAACUUGCUGCAAGCGCCUGUGUAUUUAAUUUAACCAAGCAGGAUCUUGCUGUAGGAAUGCCUGUCCGACUCCUGGCUGAUGUGACCCAUUUGCUGCUGAAAGCUAUGGAACAUUUUCCUAAUCACCAGCAGUUGCAGAAGAAUUGCCUCCUUUCACUUUGCAGUGACCGGAUCCUUCAAGAUGUUCCAUUUAACAGGUUUGAAGCAGCUAAGCUUGUCAUGCAGUGGCUCUGCAACCAUGAGGAUCAAAACAUGCAAAGGAUGGCAGUUGCUAUCAUUUCCAUUCUGGCUGCCAAGCUUUCUACAGAACAAACUGCACAGCUUGGUGCUGAGCUCUUCAUUGUGAGGCAACUUCUUCAAAUAGUGAAGCAGAAAACCAAUCAAAAUUCGGUGGAUACUACUUUGAAAUUUACUUUGAGUGCACUUUGGAACCUCACAGAUGAAUCUCCAACCACUUGCAGACACUUUAUUGAAAACCAAGGGUUAGAACUCUUCAUGAGGGUUCUAGAGUCUUUUCCAACUGAGUCAUCCAUUCAACAGAAAGUUCUAGGACUUUUGAACAAUAUAGCUGAAGUACAAGAAUUGCAUUCUGAAUUAAUGUGGAAGGAUUUUAUAGACCACAUCAGCAGUCUCCUACAUAGUGUGGAAGUGGAAGUCAGUUACUUUGCAGCAGGAAUUAUUGCCCAUUUAAUAUCUAGAGGUGAACAAGCUUGGACAUUGAGCCGUAGCCAGAGGAAUUCUCUUCUGGAUGAUCUGCAUUCAGCUAUUUUGAAAUGGCCAACUCCAGAGUGUGAGAUGGUAGCAUACAGGUCCUUUAAUCCAUUUUUCCCAUUACUUGGCUGUUUCACAACACCAGGAGUCCAGCUAUGGGCAGUUUGGGCCAUGCAACAUGUCUGCAGCAAGAAUCCCUCAAGGUAUUGCAGCAUGUUGAUUGAAGAAGGAGGAUUGCAGCAUUUAUACAACAUCAAAGAACAUGAACAGACUGAUCCCCAUGUCCAGCAGAUUGCUGUGGCCAUUCUGGACACUUUAGAAAAACACAUUGUACGCCAUGGGAGACCACCUCCCUGUAAAAAGCAGCCCCAGGCCAGACUAAAUUGAUAGCCAUAGGCAAUUGGAUAAUUGAAUCACAGGAAUCCUUUUUGUGAUAGGUUCAUUAGGAUAUCUUCUGUGAUGUUUUGGGGUUUCCAUAACAAGAGGCUUAGAUCAGUUUGGGAUUGAUGAUGUACAGUACUGCCCAUGUGAACAGUCUCUAAUUUGUUUUGUGAUUUUUAACUUAUGAGGUAAGAAGGGUCUCUUCCUUCAUCAAUGCUUUUUAGAAAAAUUUCUACAUCUUUCAGUGUUUGAACUUACCUGUGCUUGAAAUUCUACAGUUUUAUGAUAAAGUUUGCACGAACCCUUAGGCCAGACUUUUCUGACCUUAAAGACCCUUCUAAUCAGUUUGCAGCUUCAGAUAAGCUGUUAACCUGAUUUCUGAAACCGCUUCAGUUGUGAAUUUUAUAAUGCUCUGUAUAAAAUGCCUUUAUUCUCUGUCUGUGUACCUUUUGUCAGAUGCCCUCCUUAGUGUGAAAGAAUGGAAAUCUGAACCCUCUCCUCGGGAAAGCUACUCACUGGCUGGAGCUUGGAUAGCUGGAAGAAAAAUAUAUUAAAAAGAAAAACUAUUAAGGGAUAACAGAGUUUAGGAACUGGGAAAAGGUCUGGUCUUAUGGUAUAGUUUUUAAAGUGGAGCAGGCUAUGCUUCUGGAGUCCACAUCUCCUGGGGCAAUGAGCAGUAGCUUCUUCAUAAUUAUUCCUGGAAGCAUGGGCUUCUGCUUCCUACACAAAUUCUCUAGAAAUAAUCCACAGGCAUCACAGUGUAAAAUGUUACAGAUUAACUCUCUGAAUCGAUAGGUCACAUUGUUGUGAAAAUGUGAAUUUUUAAAAUGUCUUGUUAAAACUGACCAUUCUUGUCCCUCUAUUUCAAAGUAAUUUUGUUCAGUGGAAUAGAGAGACUACAUAUGAUGUUACCUGCUCAGUUAAAAUACAAGUUUAACAACAGUAAAUUUUGCCACAAGAAGUUAAAUUUCUUUUGUUUCAAAAUACAUGUAUCUUAAUGUUUUUAUGUUGGAGAAAGAUGUCCACAUUGUACUGCCAAAAUGAACAAGUAGAAUUAGACUGUUGUUAAAUAUAGUGAUUCUAGGUGCAGUGCAUAAGAGAAAAUACUUUUUGAUUCAUUAUUUUUUUUUAUACAAUUGCCUUUCCUUUAAGAUACCUGUUAUAGUAUGGUAAAGAAUCAGUUAUCAUUAUAUCAAUAACAGCAGUUGGGAGGCAGCAAGUCACCAAAAAACUUAAUUCCCAUUUAAAAUUUUACUUUGUGAUUAAAGUUAAUCACGAUCUCAGAUGAAUGCAUUUUUUUCCAUAGAUGACCAAAUGUUUUCAGUAGAGAUUUUAAAUGGUAUAUUUAAAUUAUGGUGAUUAUUCAGAAGCAUUUUUAUUUAGAAAGGAGCUGGUUUACUAGUAUGCUGAUAACAUUUUUGACAUUCACAUUUCAUACCACUAUUACAGUAAUCAUACUUGAAUUAUUUGGUACUCCUCCACAGGGAUGAAAAUUUAAACUAAUGUAGGUCUUUAAAAACCAUUAAAAAUCAAGUAAAAUUGUGUGUUACUUCUGACUUAAUUGGUUUUAAAAAAAUGUUAUAGAUACAGGAUAAAUUUGUAUAGAAUAAGCCUAUUACAGAGGAAAUAGAAAAUUCUUUUAAAAUUUUCCCCUCUUUUUCUGAAUUUUAAUAUCUAAGGCAAAAUGUAGAAAAUAGGACAGCCUACAGUAUCUUGGAAGUUGCUACUAGCUAUGUUGACCACUUCCAAGUCUCCUAGCUUGUGUAGUAAAGGGAAAGGCUAUUUGUAAAAGCUUGGCUUUAAGUUUCUCUUAUAUUCUGUUCAAGACAGUGCAUGUUCCUUAAAGGCUAAUCCUAGAUUUUUCCUAACAAGUUGCUUUCAGGAAUGGCUAAAGAUGUACAGAAAAUAAUAAAUCUCUUCUUACACAGAAUAACUUGUUGAUAGAUGAAGACUCAGAUAUUUUAAUUUACUACUUUGAGCACUAGUGAUGGCCAAAUACCUCUGAGUCUUAAAAGCAAAAUAAUUGAUCACUUCCCAAAUAUAUAAAAAUUGUAGUGCCUUUAUUGUUGGGAUGGUUCUUAAAAUUGUAUAUCUAAUUAAGGCACAGAAUUGUUUCUAAGGUCUUGAAUCUGGCUAAAAUAUUGAAAUUAUAAGGCAUAACUGGCCUCUCUCUACAGUUAGAAUCUAUUAGGCCUUCCUUUCGCAUUUGUAUAACAGAAUUUAACAGUACUUGGUGCCUUCAAGGGUUACUUCUUCAGUGGCUAAAAAGUACUAUUUCAAGCACAACUAAGACUAGGGUUGAACCACUCAUUGCUCAAAUCAAGAUGCACUCAGAUAUUGUAAAAUAACAGUACAGCAGUCCACAAGCAACAGCAAGAGAUCAACAGGAAAUGGAAUUAGACUUUUUAGAAUAUAAUGAUGCAUGUUGGUGGUAUUGUUAAGUAAAACAAGAGCAGUCUGAAAUUAAAGCAAAAAUUAAGCCAUCUCAUUUUUCCAUCAAGUAAGUUUGGCUGUGGCCUUUGAACUCUAAAAAAUCAUUUUUUUUUCUUCUUGCAGUUGAAAAAAACAUAAAUCAGGUAGUAAUAAAUGGUUAUUUUACCUUCUGGCCAAGGCCUCAGUGGCUGCUGACCUUAGUUGCAGAUUUUAAAAAUCUUAUCAGAUCCACAAUUACAGAAAUUAACUUACAUAUUACUACUACUCACUCUUGAACAGAAAUUCUGUUUAGUGGCAUCAAUCAACUUAAGUGAAUUACCCAUGAAUGCAAUGAAUCACCGUAAAGCUGCAGUGGAAAUUUAAUUUUAUCUUUUGAUUGCGAACAGCCCAGGAAUUAGAGAUUCAUGUGUAAAAACAUUAAUCCUAUAUAUUCAGCCUACGAAGUUGCUUUUACUAAAUGGAACCUUUUGAGUUGGCCCUUUUUCUCCCCAUUCACUUUCAUUUGGCUGUGUUUAUUAUUAUUAUUAUUAUUAUUAUUAUUAUACCAUGUGUAAGAUGGCAUUGGGCCAUCUUCGAGCCCUUUGGACCACGUUUUUAAAAAAAAUAAUUUUAUUGAUUUCAGAAGGAAAGGGAGAGGGAGAGAGAAA